UGGCUUCGCCGCUCGCUGAUAGGCCUUUUACGGCCCUUCUAAAUUUGCAUAAAUCGACGUUCCGGUAGAUCGACUACACCCGCUUGAAAAGGGAGAGAAUUGCGAAGCCGUUGCCAUAGAAACCAGACAUCAACAAAAUUUGCCGAAAGAGGAGUGCGGGAGGCUAUUUUUUAAUAGCUCCCAAUUACAGGUUGUUUUAAUUUGCAAACCGUCAGUUCGAAAGGAACGCUUACUAUCACUGACAGGCCUCCCCAGUGAUCUUGUAUUACUAGGGAUCCUAGUUCUGCGGGUUUUCUCAUAAGCAAAGGAAAUCUUUUUUUCCCCCAACUCGAUCGAUUUAGGAUUAUCCUCGGCGUAGAAUCCAGGGAAAUCGCUAGGACGUUAGUUUACAGGGAAUCUCUAGGUCUGAACGGCCGGUCAGAAGUUUCUAACGUUGCUUGCAGCCUGUUGCAAGUGCAACGAUGUAUAAGGUGGACAUUCAGGCCGACCUGAGAGAGGCGGCUGCCGUGGAAGCCCGCCGGAACCGGGAGAAGCAGAGACAGAGCCGCAUCUUCAAUGCUCGCUAUCGUACAAUCGGGAGAGUUGGCCAUUAUCCCAUGCCAAGUUGGCUGCAGCAAGUUCACCGUGGCAACUUGGCCCUGGUGGACAUAGAAGGCUUGAAGAGGCAAGUGGAAGAGCGCAAACUGAGAGAGAAUAUAGAGAAGCAACGAGAGGAAGCCUUUGAUGCAGACAGGGUGCAGUGUGAUAAGGUUGCCCAGAUGUUAGAGGAAGAGGAGCACCAGCGGAAGAAACUGUUAUGCCAGAAUCUGGUGGAGUUCCAUGAGCGGGAGCAGCAGCCUUAUAUGCGGCGGGAAUGGGAUAUCCAUGACCCCGAGGCGGUACGCAAAGGGCAGCCGGCCCGUGUGAGUGAUGACGACCCACGCUGUGGCCCUUCUAGCAUGCAGUGCUUUGAUGGUGAGGAUCUGAAUGCAGUUGCCCGCCAAAAACUGCAGAAGGAGAAGAACAAGCAUGCGCUGGAGGAGCAGAGAAAUGAACGGAAUAAGAAACUUGCUGAUCAACAAUAUGCAGAUAAUCUGGAAGACAAAAAAAGAAUAGAGCUGGAUUUGCGAGCCCAGGAGCUGGCACAAUUAGAGGAAGAAUGUCGCAGGGCUAAAGCCAUGGCAUUAGCAGACUUUAACCAAGCCCAGGCUGCAGAGGCUGCAGAGCAGCAACGUGUAUCCCAGCAGCGUGAGCAGGAUGAUAACUAUGCUGAGAUUCACAACCAUCUGACUGGCAAUCUCCUGUUGGAAGACCCUAGCGUUGCAAAGAGCUUGUUGGGGUCACACCGUGUGAUUACUGAUCGCUGGAAGGGGAUGAGCCCUGAGCAGCUACAGGCUGUGUGGCAAAUGCAGAAAGAACAGUGCCGAGAAAACCAGAGACUUCGGCAACAGGAAAGGCAACGGGAUGCUGAGUGGGACAGACAGAGGGAACUGGCAGCUCGUGCGGCCAUGCAGAUGGAGGAGCAGGAACAGAAUUUCCGUGCGCAGCUGAAGAAGAGCCUGGACGAUUGCAACCACGAAUUGGCUGAUGCACAGAAAUCCAACUUGAAGUAUCUGGAGAAAGAAGUCUAUACCAAUGCACCUACAGCCCACUAUUAUUUACAGUUUAAUACUAGCAGCCGCUGAUGGAAGAUGCAGCUGGCAACAGUUUUGCACUGUCAUAACUGCAAACAGUCACUGAACAAGACAGUUGGCAAGCAAGGACUAUCAGUAUAUGAAAAUAAGUUGAUGACUGGAACCAAGCAAGUCACUCUGCUCCAGAGAACCCACCAUUCACUCUUUUCAAAGAGAAGAGCAAUAGAACCUUAUGUGAAAUCCCCAGACCAGAUUUGAAUUUUAUUUCAAAAGAAAGAUUUUGCCGAACCAAGAUUGGAGUUUUCCUGCCACUCAUGUUUUUGAACUACCAUUCCAACAGCUGUUCUGCCUUCUCUGUUCUCCCUCCCCCUCCCCACUUCCAGGUUUCUUUUGCAUUUGGUUAUCUUGAGACAUUUUAUACUCACUCUUCUUUGCGAGAAAUAAAUAUUACAUGAGCAGAGCCACAGCUGAGAAAAGUCAUAAGACCAAAAAGCUAUGUAUUCAUAUAGUUCAAUAAACCAGAUAUAUGUAAUAUUUGUUACCAUAUAUCUUUUAAAUGGCAUUUGGGGGGGGGGGCACUUCAGAAACCCUGAAAAAUUGGGGCAAAACUGCGCACUUUGAAAAGAAUUUAAAAGAAGCAUAUUUAACCUGGCCCUUAUUUUUCUUUUCAUUAA